CGGAGGGGUUAUGCAUUGUACUCAGUCUGUCAGUGCUGCAUCCACUGAGGAGGAGAGGCCCACACGCAUUAACCCUGAGCUGUGGACGUGCACGGAGAGGGGCUUUCAGGACCGUUUCCUGGACAGCAGUGUCGCUCCUUUGUUGCCAUCAGUCGCCGGGGCUGCAGGAGGAAAGACUGGGGAGGACUCGCCUCCUUAAAGCCCGGUCGCUCGGUGGCGGAAGGGACGUGAUAUGAACCCCUCAUCGGCUUAAGCGCCAGUGCAGCUAAAUAGCCCCGUUUUCAGGGGGAGGGGGGGAGUGAACGGAGGAUCAGAGAGGACAUUUCUACCUUUUAACCUGCAGCUGAAGGCCGAGAUAAUAUCCACGGAACCUGUAGCGAUGCCCGGGUUUGAUUACAAGUUUCUGGAAAAGCCAAAGAGACGGUUCCAGUGUCCGCUCUGCAGCAAGGCGAUGCGGGAGCCAGUCCAAGUGUCUACCUGUGGACAUCGUUUCUGUGACACCUGUCUGCAAGAAUUUCUAAGGUGCAGGGUAAUAAAAAUAUCUGUUGUCCAUAAGAUGUUACUGGUUGGAGGGAUUAUCUGCACUGCCCACCUGCUGCUGUUGGUCGCAGAGGAGGCGAUGCAGAAAUGAGUGAGGGUGUCUUCAAGUGUCCAGAGGACCAGCUGCCAUUGGACUAUGCCAAGAUCUACCCAGACCCAGAGCUGGAGCAGCAGAUCCUGGCGCUGCCCAUCCGCUGCAUCCACAGUGAGGAGGGCUGCCGCUGGACUGGUCAGAUGAAGCAGCUGCAGGGCCACUUUUCCACCUGCGCCUUCAAUGUGAUACCCUGCCCCAACCGCUGCUCCGUCAAGCUGACGCGUCGCGACUUGCCCGACCACCUGCAGCACGACUGCCCCAAGCGCAAGGUGAAGUGCGAGUUUUGUGGCAGCGAGUUCACCGGUGAAGCCUACGAGAACCACCAGGGUGUGUGUCCCCAGGAGAGUGUUUACUGUGAGAACAAGUGUGGGGCGAGGAUGAUGCGGCGUCUGCUGUCCCAACAUGGCCUGGCCGAGUGUCCCAAACGCACACAGCCCUGCAAGUACUGCGGAAAGGAGUUUGUGUUUGACACAAUCCAGAACCACCAGUACCACUGCCCUCGGUUUCCUGUCCAGUGCCCAAACCAGUGCGGCACACCCAACAUAGCCCGAGAGGACCUGGCUAACCAUGUAAAGGACAGUUGCGGCAGCGCGCUCAUUCUCUGCCCUUUCAAAGAUGCUGGCUGCAAACACAGGUGCCCCAAACUGGCUAUCGGUCGUCACCUGGAAGACACCACUAAGUCUCACCUGACUAUGAUGUGUAACCUGGUGGGGCGUCAGCGGCAGGAGAUCCUGGAGCUGCGGAGGGAGAUGGAGGAGCUGUCCGUCAGUCACGACGGUGUUCUCAUCUGGAAGCUCAGCGACUACUCCCGCAAACUGCAGGAGGCCAAGCUCCGAAGCAACCAUGAGUUCUUCAGCCCGCCCUUCUACACUCACCGCUACGGCUACAAGCUGCAGGUGUCGGCCUUCCUGAACGGUAACGGCAGUGGCGAGGGCUCCCACCUCUCCGUCUACAUCCGCGUGUUGCCCGGAGAGUACGACAGCCUGCUGGAGUGGCCCUUCUCCUACAAAGUGACUUUCUCCAUCAUGGACCAGAGCGACCCGUCACUUUCCAAACCGCAGCACAUCACGGAGACCUUCAACCCCGACCCCAAUUGGAAGAACUUCCAAAAGCCCUGCAGCAGCCGCAACUCGCUGGACGAGAGCACCCUGGGCUUCGGCUACCCCAAGUUCAUCUCUCAUGAGGAGAUUAAGAAGAGGAACUACAUCCGAGACAACUGCAUCUUCAUCAAGGCUUCUAUAGAGAUUCCACAGAAGAUUAUGGCUUAAAAUACAACCUUUGUUUGCUUUUCAUAAAGGAGAAAGAUAGGUUUAAGACUGGAAGUGACACUUAAACCUUGAAAACUUCUACACACUUACCCUUUAGAAACUUUCUGCCCUUGCAGCCUCUCCACCACAGAGCUUGAAGCGAGUCUGUUUGGCUGUGUGAGCUGACUCGGAGGACCUUGAUAUAUCACAGAGCAGAAAGUGUUUGGUCUGCAGAGCCAUCACUCUCUGGUGUUUCCUUUAUCUUUUUUUUUUUAUCUGUUUGCUGUCCUUUUAUCACAGUCUACAACAAAAAAGCCUUGGAAAUCAAACAGUGCCUAGAGAGUUUAUCUUAAGUUAUAUUUUUGUUGUUAUUUCCACAGUACAGAUGUUAAAGAUUAUGGAAAAGAUAUUUGAAAAAAGGGGUGAAGGGCUUCGCUAAGCCUCUGCACUUAGAGUAGAGAGAAAGUUAGAAGCUGACCAGAGAUGUCCCGUUGGGGUGAUCUAAAGAAGAGGGAGCUCAGCAGACUCAUGCUGGAGCCCAACUGCCUUUUGUUUCCAUGCUCAUACAGUGUGCUCAUACAGUAUACUGAUCCGUUAACCAACACAGAGCCCUUGGUCAGAGACUUGUGAGGUUUGUGUACACACAAACACCAAAUCGAUGUUUUCAAGUAAGAAACUUGCAUCUCCAAUCUUGGUAAUUUCCUGUUUUAAAGGAAAAGUGUUACAUUUUGGUUGAGUUGAAUGAGAAAAUCAAUACCACUCUCAUAUCUGCACAUUCAAUAUAAGGCUACAGCCAGCUGUCGGUUAGCUUAGCUUAGCAUAAAGACUACAAACUACCUGGAGUCUCAGUGGUUGCCUAGCAACUGCUUCCAAGAAAUAGGCUUCAGUAAAAUGGCAAAUUGUAAUUUUUAACCGCCUUUUUCUUUGUACGGAUUAAAACUGUGUGAGAUAUAAUGUGUUAAUUAGUGGGCCCUAAGGCUGAUUUAUAGCUGUACGCAGGGUGUAGUGCUAUUUGUUUAAGUACCGGAGAGCACCUAUGGCAAAUUGUGGCUCAUUUUGAAGGUUAUUUAACUGCUGUUCCUACGAUGGCAAGUUUACAAAAAUAUAACCAUAAAAUGAAAGGAUGUUUUGCUGCCUUGUCAUCUUUAUUAGUUAACAGUUAGCUAGCUAUACACUGAGAAAAAAUUAUUUCAUUCACUGUGCCGCUCAAAGGCUUCCCCCGGUAGCUACUGGCAACUUUUAAGGUGGAAUGGUUUUAUGUGUGUAGAACCGAUUGAGGCAGAAGGCGGGUGAAUUUAAUAAUUUCCUGUGCUUAUCCAGCCACUUAAUAUAUUGUUUUAUAUUGUUUAAUCCUCUGUCCUUUAUCUUUGGACAGGGCCAGUCUAGUGUGUCUUCCUGUUUCUUAUUCUUGUAUCUUUGUGCUAGGCUAAGCUAACUGGCUGCUACGGAAAGAUAUGACAGUGGUAUCAAUCUUCUUAUCUAACACAGCAAAAAAAUGUAGAACCGUAUUUCCUAAAAUGUCAAACUAUACCUUUAACUAAAAUUAAACAUGCCUCUCCUACUGCUGAGAAAAUCCUACAUCUUUUGGACACUAAAAAUGCAACUGUUAAGCUCAACCAAGGCUGUUUUUUGUUUUGUUUUUAAAGUUGACAAGUUUUUUACCCAAUAACAUCGCUCCGAAUCUGUCUCUUGUAGUUAACAACUCCCAUCACAGGAACUGUCUGUGACUUGUGUUUGUCAGUAGUACGACCCAGUCGUAAAUAGCUUCAGGAGCAUGCCAGUGUACCAAACACACACUUCAUAAUGACCCUACGAGGCUUCGUGUCUAUAGAGUGUUGCAGGGAUGACAAAUUUCUGUAGGCCGACCGAAAAGUUAGCAUCGCCCUGGUUCCCUCAACAUUUGUUUUUAAAUGAAAACAAAUUAACGUUUAUGAUACUUACACAUUUUGUUCAGCAAGAUAAUAUUCACAAAUGAACACCAUUGUUAUGAUUUUUUAGCCCAAAUGCAAUUGCCAAAAAUACAAAGUAUCAUGCACCAAAGCUUAACAGCUUCCAACUGAUUUCUCGUGUUCGGUGUGAUUAAGUUUGUAGUCUCAGUCAGCCACUUGUUAGCAACUGCCUUUUUUAAAGAACCCAUUGACUUCCAGAUGAGGGAACUGGAAGUGCAAAAAUGCAAAUUAAUUUUGGGUUUUAGGACUCAUUCCUGCAGCACUUUGUUGUGAAGUCCACUGAUAGGGGAAAAAAAGCACCUUUCGUCGGUCUUCAGAUGAGCAGAGCAGACAAAGAGGCCAGUUGUCGGAGUACGCGUGCAUUUAAUAGUGAAGGAAAAGCCAUGUGGCCUUUUUAUACAGUAUGUCUUCGCAUGAGGGUUUUAGGGGUGAGCAGGGCAACAUAAACACAUGCAUGCUUCAUGUGCUACCACCUGGACCAUUUCUGUACUGUAACCUGUAUUCUUGAAAUCCUCUCCCGUUGAUGGCUAUUUAGUCUUUUUUUGGACCGUUUGAAAGUUGACAAAUUGUCAAAAAGUAUGUUUUUUUUGUAGUUUUUUUAUAUACAGAAAAUGUGAAUGCUGUUGGUAAUAUAACCUAUAAAGACAAUGAACACCUGGCUGUGAAGUGAAUUGUUUUACAUAGCCUGGGCAUGGCUGGUGAACUCUUUGAAAAGAUGGUUAAUGACAUGGUCUCUGCAAAUAUGUGGGUGUCUUGGGGCUGACUACACCUUUUGUUGUUACCAUGGCCACUAGUGUCUAUCUUCAGCUCGACACACAAUGUUGCGACGAGGAGUGGUUGGAGGGAUGUGCGAUACACCUGCCUCCAUCACAGCACCAUCAGAGGGGGGGAGGACUCUGAUGAUACAGUACACUCAUGAGUCAUGGCGUAUGUGAAUACUAAUGUAAAAAUGCAGAAGCACAUUCUUUCUUUUUAUUAUUCUACAUGACAAAUUCCUUAUUUCUUGUCAUAAUACCAGCUGAUAUUUUACAGUGAUUUAAAGAAGUGAGAAGAUAAAACUUUUUUGUAAGAUUCUGUAUUUUUUAAAAUACUUAGCUGUUUUAUACAAACACUUUUCGUUGGAGAGUCGGGGUUGACUUUGGGAAUUUUCAGACCCUUUUGUCUCUUUGGACAUUUGGAUAAUUUCUUUGUACUUGUGGUUUGAGCCUCACAUAUUCUGUCUGUAUUAUUUCCUCUUAAAAGUAUUUAUUUUAAGGAGCCAUCAUGUGAGUUUGAACAGAUGGCAAAAAUGUUUUAAUAUGUUGAUUGAAGAGUGCUUGUCAAUUUCUUAAUUGAAAUAAAAUACCAUAUAUUAUA